GGCAAAAGCGCGUCCAUAUGGUAAAGAUUAGGGCGGGGCAAGUGGAACGCAUGUUACGUUACUGCGAGGAAAGUGUGGGCAGGCCCGCCCAACUUGCUAUAUAAACCGACCUCGCCUUCCCACUUCCUCUCGUCCAUUGCAUGCAUUGAUUGCCCUCUGCUUUGUUUCCAAGAGAGAAAAGAGCCAGAGCCACUCACUGCCUUUCAUUGCCCUUCAUAGGUAGCCCUCCAUUGCCCCUGUUUUAGACCUAUUGUUUGAUAUUGGCUUUGAAUUUAUUGGGUAGUAGUUGCUCUAGUGCUCUUUCUUGAACCGAAAACCUCUUUUGGGUAUUGGUUUCAUCCCUUUCUAGGUCUCUCUGAAUUGGUUCUGUUUUUUUUGGCCUUUUCUUGGGCUCCCUGUAUUGGUUUGUUCACUUUCUUGGGUUCUCUGUAUUGGGCUCAAGUCGGUUGAUUGGGUUUGUAUUGAUUGGGCUUGUGCAGUUGGGUUCUGGUUCAUUGGGUCUGUAAGUCAUCUGUAAAACCACCCAAGAAAGCUAUAUUGGAAUAUCAGUUGGGUGUUUUGGUUUCGUGGGCUGUUCUGUUUCUCAUUGGUUUUGGGUUGUGGUGUGUUUUUUCCCUUGCAUGCGAGUUUUCUGUUGUUAGGGUUGUGGUGAGAGAUCUGUGAAUAGAACAGGGAGUAGGGUACUGUUUGGUAUAGUAGAGGGGGAGCCGAGGCUGCGGCCUCGGCGGCUUUAAAAGCCCCCCAGCCGUGAGACGCGCGGUGUAGAGACCAAGCAGGAAGAGAUGCCGCCCCUGGCUUGCGUGAAUUCUGUGGAAGCUCCCCAUCCCCAUAUCCACACCCAUCCUCAUUCAAAUUCCAGCCAUUAUGCCUUUGUCCGCAUGCCCGGGGAAGGCUCUCUUCCUGCUGGUGACCCCACUCUGUACAAUCCGGGCCUGCCCAUAUCCCUGCCCUGGUCCGCGUCCCACUCAUCGGCGCUUUAUGGAGUAGACGGUUGGGGAGCGCCCUACUUCAAGGUGAACGAGAGCGGGAAUGUCGCCGUCCGACCGCACGGGGCCCGCACCCUUCCCUGGGAGGAGAUCGAUGUGAUGAAGGUCGUCAAGAAAGCCGUUGGGCCCAAGUCGGCAGGAGGGCUGGGGAUGGCCACUCCGCUCAUCAUUAGAUUCCCGGACGUGCUGCGCCACAGGCUCGAGGCCCUGCAAUGUGCCUUCAACGCCGCCAUAGCCAUGCAGAGGUAUGAUUCCCAUUUUCAAGGAGUUUACCCCGUCAAGUGCAACCAGGACCGUUAUGUGGUAGAAAACAUUGUGGAGUUCGGAAAGGAAUUUGCCUUUGGUCUAGAGGCUGGGUCAAAGCCCGAGCUGCUCCUCACCAUGGCCUGUCUCUGUAAAGGGAACCCCAAGGCAUUGCUCAUCUGCAAUGGGUACAAGGAUGAGGAGUACGUCUCCCUUGCUCUGGUCGCACGGAGCCUGAAUUUCAACACCGUGAUUGUCCUAGAACAAGUCGAAGAGCUGGAUGUGGUGAUUUCUGCGAGUCAGAAACUGUCGGUGAGACCUGUAAUAGGAAUCCGUGCCAAGCUCCGGACCAAGCACGCUGGCCACUUUGGGGGCACAUCCGGUGAGAAGGGCAAAUUCGGGCUAACAACCCUGGAGAUUCUGAAUGUUGUGAAAAAACUUAAGGCCGCUGAUAUGCUUGACUGUCUCCAGCUGCUGCACUUCCACAUCGGAUCCCAGAUCCCGUCGGUGGCCCUGCUCAACGACGGCGUCAGUGAAGCCGCCUUCAUCUACUGCGAAUUGGCCAAGCUGGGGACAAACAUGAGAAUCAUUGACAUUGGAGGCGGUCUCGGCAUCGACUACGACGGAACCAAAUCGGGAUCUUCCGAUAUGUCGGUGGCCUAUACCUUGGAAGAAUACGCCAGCACGGUCGUAACGGCCGUGAAAACGGCCUGUGACCAGAAAGGCGUGUGUCAUCCCGUGCUGUGCAGCGAGAGCGGCAGGGCGCUCGUUUCUCACCACUCUCUUCUAAUCUUCGACGUGGUGUCCGUCGACCAGAAAACCACCUCCGGGCUGGACUUCGACCAGGACGGGAUUCCGGAUGAACUGGCGGCUGAAUACAAAUCACUGGAGGCGUUGGCCCUAAUUGGGGAUUACCCACGUAGCCUGGUGUGUGCUGAUCGGAUGAAAAUCAAGGCUGUCGACUUGUUCAAGGAAGGCCGACUCGGGCUGCAACAACUGGCCAUGGUGGACGGACUCUGCGACACCUUGUAUCCCGCCAGACCAGCAGUUUGCCAUGUGAACCUUUCAAUCUUCACCUCCAUACCGGAUUACUGGGCGAUUGGUCAGCUCUUUCCCGUUAUGCCAAUUCACAAGCUCACGGAGAAGCCCACCGUGCAGGCUAUUCUGUCGGAUCUCACUUGCGACAGCGACGGCAAAAUCGACACUUUUAUAGGAGGAGCUGGGUCCGGUGGGCCGGGUGGGCCGGGUGGAUUGCCCGUUCAUUCAUUGACCUCAGGCGAGGAGCCAUAUUAUCUGGGAAUGUUUCUAGGUGGGGCGUAUCAAGAGGCUCUGGGUGGUCUGCACAAUCUGUUUGGUACUCCGAAUGUGGUCCACGUGGUUCAGAGCAAUGGACCUCAUUGUUUCGCCAUUACCAGAGCUCUGCCAGGUCAGACCAUGGCCGAUGUUCUGGCUUUGAUGAUGCAUGAACCUCACAUGAUGUUCGACUCCCUUAAGUGCCGUAUUGAAGAUUCACUCUCCUCGCUCUCUCUUCCUGAUGAUCACUGCACCUCCGCCCUCACCUCCAUUGCCAACGCCUUCCAUGGUCUGCCUUAUCUGUCCUCUGUUUCUGCACCCGAAGCUGACGAAUUCUAUGAUGAUCACUGGUCUCACUGAAAAUAGCCCAAAUCUAGGAAGUUUUUACAUUUAUUUCUUAUGUUAUUACAUUUUUGAUUCUCACCAAGGUUGUGAUUUGAUGAUGAUCUUGAUGCUUUAGUAUGUCAAUGUCAUGUUUUAGUGUGAUCGAGCCUUGUAAAGGAAUACAAGUGUGAUUAGCUUUUGUCA